CACCGAGAGUUGUUGAUCUCGACUGGUGCUGUGGAGUCAACAUCAGCCGAGGUUUUCACUCCUUUUCCCCCUUUCCAGCCAUCUCGUGUCACCGAUGAAGGGGCGAAAGGAUGUGCGCCUGCUGAGCAACCUGUUGUUGAGUGUUCACCACCAUGGCGGACAGCGACGGUUCCCAUCCCCUGGACAAAGAGAGCGACGAUCUCGUCCCGCUCCCAGCCGCUCACCGUCGAGGACUCGCCGUAAUCUCGGCCCUCGCCUGUCUCUCGGUCGCCUCUUCUACCGCUGUGCUGCUGUAUCUCACCGUCAAGCUCGUGCGAUGGCACUGGAGGAACCGGGUGCGUCGGAAGGCCACCGAGGCAUCGGCAGCUCCGGCCGUUGACCUGUCCUUGGGUCUCUCCGAGCACCAUCUGAUGGGCGACGAUACCAAACACGACCUGCCUCCGGCUCCGAAGAAGGCACAAAUUAACCAAUUCGUGGUGCUGAUCUACAACCUCCUGCUGGCCGAUAUCCACCAGUCAGCCGCCUUCUUGUCCAACACCGUCUGGCUCUCGCGCGACGGCAUCUAUGUCCGGACCUCGGCGUGCUGGGCCCAGGGGUGGCUGGUGUCGACCGGCGACCUGGCGUCCAGCCUGUUUAUUACCGCCAUCGCGGUGCACACGUACCUGGCCGUAGUGCGCAAGUACACGCCCCCGCAGUGUGCUGUCUACAUCACCGUGGUGGGCUUGUGGGUGUUCAACUAUCUCAUCGCCGCCCUCGGGGUAGCCAUAACGAGAAAUGGGAGAGACACGGGGGGCUACUUUGUCCGGGCGGCUGCAUGGUGUUGGGUCAACAUCCGCUACGAGAACCUGCGCCUCUACCUGCACUAUCUCUGGAUCUUCAUCGCACUCGCCAUCACCAUCAUCUUGUACACGCUCAUCUUCCUUUCCCUCCGCCGCAGGUCCACGCGUCCGCCUCCGUCUGUCUCCGAUUCUCGCACCAACAUCCACGAACACCCGCCCCCACUCUCGGCCUCCUCCAGCAACACCAAAACGCCAGGCCCACCAACCACCACCACGAUCACUACCACCACCACCGCUCUUGAGCCCCUCCCGGAUGGCACCACCCUCGCCGACAACGCCAUCAUCAUCAACAGCAGCAACAGCAACACCAGCAGCACCGAGGGCCACCACAAAGCCUUCCUGCUGUACCCGCUCAUCUACCUGCUCUGCACGGCGCCGCUCGCGCUGGGCCGCAUCGCCACCAUGGCCGGCGCCGACGUGCCCAUCGCCUACUUCUGCGCCGCCGGCGCCCUCAUCACCAGCAACGGCUGGCUCGACGUGCUGCUGUGGGGCGCCACCCGCCACCGCCUGCUCUUCGGCGCCGACGUCGACUUCCCCGACGACGGCGACGCCCUCGCCACCUUCGCCUUCAUGCGCACCCCGCACGAGCGCCGAUGGGGGAAUAUGGUCUGGGUCGAAGGGGGUGGUGGUGGUGAUGGCGGCGGCGGCAAGCGGGCGAGCGGUGGGGUUGGCCGUGGUAUGGGGGGAAGGGGCGAUGGUAGCGGGAGAGGGGGCCCGGAAGAGGCGGUUGGGCUGGGGAGGUGGUUCAAGAGGAGGAUGGGAUGGCGGCCGUUGGGGUUUGGAGGAGGGGGAGGAGGAGGAGGAGAUCGUGGUGCUGCGGGCGGAGGGCGUGGUGUGCCAAACAGCGGCAGAGAGGAGCGGGGUGCCGGCGGCGAGGACGGGUUGGCGAUCCAGAUGGAUACGGUUACUACCGUUGUGGUUGAGCCGGCCGGGCCGGAGGGGACCGCAUGGUAUCGCCGGAGGGGCGGGCACGCCGCGCAUGGCUCUACGGGCGUGGAUGCUCGGGUGUACGAUACGGACUCGGGGACUGAUGAUAGACUUGGGAAGGAGAUCAGUUGACACCGACUGUGGGAUAGGAGGAGUGUUCUUAGAGGGUUGGGCGUUGCCCGGAGUUUUGGGGUUUGCUUCGGGUUUAAGGGGUUCGAGGGGGUAGCGAACUUUGGUUCUUGUUCCCAUUCAAACAAAUUUCCGCGGGUCUUGUUUUGCUGGGUGCUGGGUGUUCGAGUUGAACCCGCUGGCGAUGCUGGCUUGGUAGGUUGUGCUGUUUGCUGUUGACUUGACCUCCAGAGUCUAAACUCCAGUCAAGGAGU